AUGGAAGAUGAAGAUGGAUAUAUGCAAAUAGAUCCGAAAAGCCAGCAACAGCGCACCACACCACUUCCCAAGUGCACCAAAGGUAUUGUUUGGGGGGAAAUCUCUCAGUUUACCUUUACAAAUAAAGCAAAAAGCAGGGCAGCGGUUGCAGUAACUUAACCAUCACCUGUAAACAAGAUUUAGGAAGUGUUGUUAUGAACUUCUUCCAUUGGAUUCACACACACACUUCUUAAAUGUUAAAAUGUGGAAUGUGCUUUGCAUUUGAUAUGUGUGUGUGGCAACGUUUUGAGUGUGUCUUCAUCUCAUCUAGCAAAAAAAAUGGUAUUUACAACAGGGCUUUAACUGUGACUAACUCGUUCUCUUGGUUUCAAUGGGAUUUAUUUGUUGGUUUGUUGCAUUUAGAGCACACCGUUCUUCCAAUGAGGUGGUGUCGCAGGGCCAGAUUUAGGUUUGAUGAGGCCCUAAGCUACUGAAGGUAAUGGGGCCCUUUAUAUGUCCAGCUGUCCUUUGUCAACAACAAAUUGUUGCUGUUUGUUGUGUUGAAUAUAUGCUAUACGCCGCAACCCCAGAGUCGUCUGCGACUGGACUUAACUGUCAGGGGUCCUUUACCUUUACUUUUUAGAAAACACAAAACACUGUUGCUGUAUGUAGGUUUUAUUUUAUUUGUUAUUUAUCUUAUAUUUUGGAAAUGUACAUCCAGUUUCCCCCUUUUAUACUUGAGGUCUUUAGUCCAUAAUUUUCCCACACAUUCAUCUGAAUGGUAUAACCAAAGUCCUUUGACUAUUUAAUCAUUGCUUCUUUAACUUCUUCCUCCUUUAUUUUUGUUUUUUUUAAAAGGGCAACCAGUCUGCAUGCAAAUAAGGUUUCUGUGGACAAUAGAAUGUUGACUUUGGUGGGGUUUCUGCAUCUUUGGGGGCAAUUUAAUAAGAAAUUGGAGCUGUCCAUCAGUUGUUGCUGGACUACAAUUCCCAUGAGCCCCAGCCAGCAUCAUCAGUAGUCAGGGAUGAUGGGCAUUGUAGUCCAACAACAUCUGGAUGGCAUCUCAUUGGCUAUCCCUGAAGUAGAUCAACCUUUGCUGCCACUUGUGUGAGAGAUGUCUUUCUGAGAUAUACUUGUCACUUGCUCAUUUGGAAAUUUCCAUUUCCACCUCAAAUGAUUCAUGACUCAGUCCCACCGAAUGAAAUGAUUGUUUCACUGUUUUCAACAAGGGUCUCAAAUCAAUGGGGCUUAUCCCCCAAGCACCGUAUUUUUCACUCUAUAAGACGCACUAGACCAUAAGACGCACCUAGUUUUUGGAGGAGGAAAACAAGAAAGAAAAUAUUCUGAAUCCCAGAAGCCAGAACAGCAAGAGGGAUCGCUGUGCAGUGAAAGCAGCAAUCCCUCUUGCUGUUCUGGCUUUUGGGAUAGCUGCGCAGCCUGCACUCGCUCCAUAAGACGCACACACAUUUCCCCUUACUUUUUAGGAUGGAAAAAGUGAGUCUUAUAGAGCAAAAAAUACGGUAACUUGUGCCAGCUUGCACAACUCUUCAAAGUAGGAGUUCUUGAGUAGUUGGUUCCUAAUAAUGUAGCAACUGAAGAGUGGGGAAAAUGUCUAGUUUAUACUUCAUAUGCUUUUAAAAUACACAAUAGCACACAGCUUAAUUUCCUUAUGUCUUCAGGAAAAUACCCUUGUUGGGGGAAGUUGGGGGUGGAUGUCAAAACUGCUGCUUUCCAUCUUUUUCUUCUUCCUGAUUAUGGAGCACUUCCUCCCAUCAGACCGCAUGGGUGACAAAGAGCAAGACAGGGUCAACAUCUGCUUGCUUGAUACGCUUGUUUGUUAAAUGUAUAAAUAGUCCAUCCAGCAGCGUAGCGAUCUGGGUGCUUUGCAAAACCAAAAUUUAAACAUUUCGUAGAAUUGUAGAACUGGAAGGGACCCCGAGGGUACUCUAGACUAACUCCCUGCAAUGCAGGACUCUCAGCUAAAGCAUCCAUGACAGAUGGCUAUCCAACCUCUGUUUAAAAGCCUCCAUUGAAGGAGAUUCCACAACCUCCAGAGGGAGUCCGUUCCACUGUUGAACAGCUCUUACUGUCAGAAAGUUGUUCCUGAUGUUUCAUUGCCAGUGUGGUGUUGAGAGCCAGUGUGGUGCGAGAGCCAAUGUGGUAGACUCGUAAUCUGGUGAACCGGGUUCGCGUCUCCGCUCCUCCACAUGCAGCUGCUGGGUGACCUUGGGCUAGUCACACUUCUCUGAAGUGUCUCAGCCCCACUCACCUCACAGAGUGUUUGUUGUGGGGGAGGAAGGGAAAGGAGAUUGUUAGCUGCUUUGAGACUCCUUCGGGUAGUGAUAAAGCGGGAUAUCAAAUCCAAACUCUUCUCUUCUCUUCUUCAUUGGAAUCUCAUUAAAAAUAAAUAAAUAAAUGUUUUAAAUGCAAGGGGGCAGUGUUAUAUUCCCAUCCUCCAAAAGCAGCAGAAAAUUGUCUCCCUCCCAACUUCACAGAUGACAAAUACCAAUCUCCACCCCACUUUUCAUGCAAGGCAGAGGGAAACUAACGCUGGACUUCAUCUCUACCUUCAAUGUUACAGGUUCUUCCUCGAAUGUCUGGUGGAAAGUCGCUUUCAGCAUUGCUCUGGCAGGGAAUGUUGCUCUGGUCCUUGUUCUUAUUUUCCUUAGUCUUCCAAGUAAGAAGAUUCCACGUAAGGCUUUCAGGUUUAUGUGUGGGGUGGGAUUUUUUUUUGGGGGGGGUCAUGCAAUGAAUACACAAUUGUGAUAUAUAUGUGAAAUGGAACCAAGCCCCUCUCCCUUGCUUUCCCCCAAUAUUAAUAAAAUGAAGUUUUGUUUUGGAGCAAAAAUAAUAUUCAUCCCAUUGCCCAGAUACCUAAAGUGUUCCGGGGUUGUCAGUUUCCUCACCACCACCCAUGGUGCUGCCAGUUUCCUAACCCAUCAACCUCUGAAGCAAUGCAGAAGGUUCCACAUCCAUUUCCUCCCAGUGCAAUUAUGUGGCUCAAAUUGGAUUAUGCAGUGCAUCUGUGUGUUAUAUAGGACGUGGGUGGUGCUGUGGUCUAAACCACUGAGCCUCUUGGGCUUGCCAGUCAGGAGGUCAGAGGUUCAAAUCCCCACGACAGGGUGAGCUCCCGUUGCUCUGUCCCAGCUCCUGCCAACCUAGCAGUUCGAAAGCACGCCAGUGCAAGUAGAUAAAUAGGUACCGCUGUGGCGGGAAGGUAAAAGGCGUUUCUGUGCGCUUUGGCAUCCGUUACAGUGUCCCGUUGCGCCAGAAGCGGUUCAGUCCUGCUGGCCACGUGACCCGGAAAGCUGUUUGUGGACAAACGCCGGCUCCCUCGGCCUGAGAGCGAGAUGAGCUCCACGACCCCAUAGUCACCUUUGACUGGAUUUAACCAUCCAGGGGUCCUUUACCUUUUACCUUACUAUUAUAAUGCAUAUUUUAUAGGGGAAUGCUUGAAAAGCAAUUGUCUGCUUCAGGGGAAAUGCAUACUAAAUCGAAAUUCAGAUUUUUCUUUCUUUCUUCAUUCCUUUGUUAUCAUCCACAUACAAAAGUAUGAUUGAAUGCCAGUAAAGCUGAAAUGGAGCAUACUUAUCCCUAAUCCCCACGUAGGCAGGAAAGCCAAUCAAAUUUAUGGUUGUCUCCAACUAAGUUCUAAUCAGAGGAGAGCCAUUGAAAUUAAUGGAACUUAGCUAAUCAUGUAGAUUAAUUUCAAAAAUCUACUCUGAGUUUGACUAACAUUGGGUACAGCCCUUAGUGUUGAUUUUUUUACUGUUAAAUGUUGAGGGAUUGUCUCUUCUACCUUCUAACUCAAAGCAGCCACAAUAAAUACAACGCAAAAGUUUAAAAGGCGCAAGGAGAUAGGAUAAUAAAAUAUUGAGGAUGGAAUAACAAAUAAAGUGAGUAACGCAACAAUAACAAAAAUAAUAGUAGGUAAAGAAGAUUGCACGCGGGUGGAAGGAAGUACUGGGCUGUGGGGGAGGGAGGUGAAGGGAUUAAUUGAAAUUGCUAAAGACUGGAAUAGGAUUUAAGAGAUUUAAUUUUUAUAAAGAUUCUCUAAGGAAAGCAGCAAGAAAUAUCAAGUAAAGGUAUCAGGGAGGAGAUCAGUGUAAAUGAAAACACGAGACUUAUGGUUUUGUUACAUAAAAUUUUCUUUUGGAGUUGUCUGUUUAUUUUGGAGUUGUUUGUUGUAAAGAAUGUAUAUUAUGUGAAUAAAAUAAUAAAGGAUUAAGAAGAAGAAAAAACAAUAAAUACAGAUUCCGCCAAUAAUGAGUUUUCGACAAAACUCUCUCAAUGACAGCAAAUUACGAACGUUGUAAACAGAUGGGAAUUCUCUAAAGUUGAACUGUUUUCUAAGUUUCCCAGGACAUUUUUGCCAGCAAACCUCCACACAACCAAAUCCGGAGUUGCCUGAAAAGAUGUGUCCCUUGCAGCUCAGAUAAGACGCGCACAACAGGUAACCCCCAGCCCUGAACUACAUAUUUGCUUCUCUUUGUUGUUGGUUUAAAAGAUCUACAAAAUGUGGAAGUAAAACUGAACCCAAAGCAGCCUCAUGACUUACUGAAAGUCACUGACAAUGCAACUUCAUGCAUAGUUACUCAAAACUUCAUGCAUGGUUACUCAAAAAGUCCCACUGUGUUCAGCAUUGCUUACCAGAGAAGUCUGCAGGGAAUGGAAGCCUGAGUCUGAAAGUUGAUAGUAAAGCAAGGCUUGUCCCUCUGCUUUUUCUUACAGGCAUUUUCCUCUGGUGACUGAGGGCUCACUCACACUUCAACUUGCCCUUUGCCUAGAAAACAAGUGGUUUUCUGUGUGUCCCAUGGGUCCAAGCAGUUCUGCCUCUGCCCUGCUGCCUCCCCCUACUCUUUAGUGCUACAGUGGUACCUCGGGUUACAUACACUUCAGGUUACAGACUCCGCUAACCCAGAAAUAGUGCCUCAGGUUAAGAACUUCGCUUCAGGAUGAGAACAGAAAUCAUGCAGCGGCGACGCAGCAGCAGCAACAGGAGGCCCCAUUAGCUAAAGUGGUGCUUCAGGUUAAGAACAGUUUCAGGUUAAGUACGGACCUCUGGAAUGAAUUAAGUACUUAACCCGAGGUACCACUGUAAAUCAGAACAAACGGCAACCUGCAGAAAACCCGGUUGCCAUUAGUUCUGAUUUUGUGCUCCCAGGUUUUCCUGGGAGAAAGCAGCAGGGCAAAUGGCAAUGUGAAUCAGCCCUGAAUUGCCACUUAACAUUAGAAAUUAGGCUAGUAUCCCCUAGAUAUGUAAGGUAGGAGUUUUCUUCUUUUUACCUGUUUUGGAUUCCCCUGGGUUAGAGAGAGCAUACUGGGCAAAAUUCAAAAUGGGAUGAAGUGGGGAAGGCAUGAAGAGAUUCAUAUCAUUUAGGGCAGAGGAGGCAGCUGCCCAUGAUGACAGAAUAAAAAUUAUUUUAAAAAGCAGGUUCAAAGUUUUGGUCACCACUCGGAGAUGAAGGAGAAAUUGAAUUCUGUUUGGAUUCAAAGGCAAACUUUCCAAAGCAAUAUGCAAACCAAAAUACAGCCAUCCAUCAAAAUUUACAUUUCUCUGAAGUUUGCAAUGCAGUUUUCCUGCAAAGUUAUGUGUAUAAAAAUGCAUACAUUAGCAAACAAACAAACAAACAAACAGAAAAAUGUGUUAUAUUAGGGAGAAUUGCUUUGCAAAGUUGUGUUGAAUAGGCAAAAUUGCACACAAAACUAUAUGUAUAUUAGGAGAAAUUCACUUUUGAAUUUUCACGAUGACUUGUCUUGUUUCGUUUUUUAAGAAAUUUUGCAGACUGAUUUUGCAGAACAUGAUUAGGAAAAUGAGAAACUAAGUGAACCUGAAAUAGACUUCCUGAAAAGGCUACCCUCCUCCAUUCAGGAGCAUUCCAGUGUGGACAAGCCCCUAGUCUUAACAUUGGUAGUAGUAGUCAGACCUCCUGGAGUUCAAAGCUUAGGGGGUGGGGAGAGAACCAAUCAAGUUAUUUGAAGCCUAAUGUUUUACUAUUGAAGCCCCACCCACCCCGCCCCACUAUAUGUUCUCUGUAUGACUGUUGGCUGUAUGGCUGUAGUUAUAAACUACAGCCAUUAACCAUCCUUUAGGCUAAUAACAUACUCCAAAUGUAUACCAUAAUGUCACAAAACCAUCCAUGCACAAAAUGGAAGUAUCAGCAGGCUUGGGGGAACUCCAAGCAGGGCAACAAAAAAUAAAAUAAUGAGACCUGAGCAGGGCCGGAUUUAGGUUUGAUGAGGCGCUAAGCUACUGAAGGUGAUGGGGCCCUUUAUAUGUCCAGCUGUCCUUUGUCAACAACAAAUUGUCACUGUUUGUUGUGUUGAAUAUAUGCUAUAUGGUAAUUUAUGGACCCAAUAUGGGGCCUACACAACACGAAACACAGUUGCUGUAUGUAGGUUUUAUUUUUUUAUCUUAUAUUUUGGAAAUGUACAUCCAGUUGUUUUUUCCUUUAAAUUUCUUUGGGGCCCCCAAGAGAGUGGGGCCCGAAGCUAUAGCUUGUUUAGCUUAUACGUAAAUCCGGCCCUGCUUGCUCAGUGGACACAGAAUACUGACUGGCUGAUUGCAACCCAGAACAGAACAUCUGCACACUGAAACAGAUGGUUGCAUGUCCCACUUUUAUUUUAUAUUAGAGAACCUAGUAUCACUUUCAUAAAAAUCUGAAUUAAUUAUUACCUGGUUAUUACCUGCUUCCAGGACUGUUAAUAAAGUGGGUUCCCAACACCACCAGCUUAAGAGUGAUAAAUGUAAAUUCAUGUUGACCUCUAACCAGAGGGCUGCUAAUAAUAUUUAUUAUUUCUUAAAUGGCUGAUAAAAGCAAGCCAAUGUUCAAUGGGUUAUGACUCCUUUCCCUCUCUCUGCUCUUUUCUUCACAGCAAAUCUGACUCUGGAUCCAAGCACAGCUCAUCCCCAGCUCUACGUAUCAGAAGAUCUGAAGAGUGUGAAAUGGAGAGGCAUGAAGCAAAAUGUGUCUGCCGGUCCCUUGAGAUAUGACGUGAUGGCGAGCGUCCUAAGCCACCAGGGCAUCAACUCGGGGAAAUUUUGCUGGGAAGUGGAAGUGGUGGAAGGGGGCAGUUGGUGGGGUGUGGGAAUUGUGAGGGAGGAUGCAAACAGAAAUGGGGCAAUUUUCCUUGCACCAGAGGGAGGGUACUGGGCGGUACAGCGUAUUGAUGGGCAGUACCAGUCAAUUACUGACAAUCCUAGGACGAAUUUGUCCUUGUGCCAUCACCCAAGUAGGAUCCGGGUUGCCCUGGACUACUCGGAGGGCCUGGUGGGAUUUUUUGACGGUGAUACUGAUGCCCAUCUCUUUACCUUUCCAAAAGCAAAAUUCUCUGGGGAAAAGGUCCAUGCCUGGUUCUUGAUUUAUGGGUGGAAUGGGGAGCUCACAGUCCAUCCAUGA